CCAGGCAAUGGGGAGGAAGUCUAAUGCAGAGGACUGUGGGUUAGGUAUUUAUUCACCCCUGACCACUUUGUCGCGAUUUGUAAUGAUUAGUCUUUGCUUUUACAGUACUUAUUGCGCUAACAAGACUUGACCGGAGUUCCAGGACUUUACGGGUGUAACAGUCCCUUCAGCUCCGCUGUCUGGUGAGAUAUGCGCUGAGCUGUCUGGUGAGAUAGGCGGUGAGCGGAAAGAGAGAGUGAGUGAUAUAGGAGAGUCCUAUGGCUCCAUUGCAGCUCGCGGUGUACUUGCGGCUCGCUCUCAUAUUCUUCUUCACGGCGUUUCUUUUCUUCCUCGAUGUCUUCACUGUCAGCAGAGCAGCCUCCUCGUGCGCCAACGUCCCCAGUAAGUUACCGACCAAGAGUCGAACCGGAGGAGAUGAAGUCUCUUCUAGUAGUGCGCGCAAACAGAACCGCACUCCCGGGGAGGUGCGCGAGAUGAACGUGUCACUUAUAUCGGUAUUGUUACCGACACAGGAUGAGAUCACGCGGGGGAACGACACGGAUAGAGAUUAUGGCAAAGUGUGUUUGGAUCCAGUGGUGUUGUCGUACAGUCAGACCAUGUACAUGGCUGGCCUUCUGCUGGGAUCUCUCUUUGGAGGAGCUCUCUCUGACAGGUACGGUAAGCGAGUGGUACUGCUGGUGUGUGUGUGUGUCCAUGCUGUGACUGCUGUGCUGCCGGCAGUCCUUCCUCAUGCCAUCCUCUUCCUCACCCUGCGCUGUCUGGCCGGGGUCUCCUGCUGCUGUAUCAAUAUCUGCAGCUUCAGCCUGGGUGUGGAAUGGAGUCUUCCCAGGUAUCGUAUUUGGCCCCCGGCCCUCCUGUCCUUCUCCUUCAGCCUGGGUAUGAUGGCGUUGGCACCGCUGGCGUACCUUACACACACCUGGACACAGCUACACCUGGCUCUGGCCAUACCACAGAUCCUCUGUCUGCCUCUCUACUACUCCAUUCCUGAGUCUCCUCACUGGUUGCUCCUGAAGAAGAGGCUGGACACUCUGGAGGAGUACAGGAGACACAGUCCUGAGGACAAACGCUGUCUAGACCUGCUGUUGGAGACAGAGGGGAAGGACCUGCAACAAGUCCCCCGGGACACAGACACACUGGAGACUGGCACACACAUACCAAAGGCAAACACGCAAACCCAGGAGGGAAACACACUUUCCCACUGCGGACACAUGAGAAGUCCCACCAUUCUACUGCGCCUGGUCAUCAUGAGUUACAUUGGGCUAACAUCAGCCCUGACGUACUACGGUAUCUGUCUGAAUGUCGGGCGUUUCGGUGUGGAUGUCUUCCUGGCUCAGUUCUUCAGCGGCCUAUCAGAGGCACCCUGCUUGCUCGUCCCAUUCCUAUUGGCCCGCUGUGGCAGACGCCCAAUCAGCAUGCUGUCCCUGCUCCUCAGUGGCUCCUUCUGCCUGCUGUCCCUGCUCGCAUCACGCUUCUACGCUGUCCCAGGGUUGGUGAUGGCUCUGGCCCUAGUGGGGAAGCUGUGUAUGCAGACCAGUGUGUUUGUGUCUUUACUCUACGGCAUCGAGCUCUUCCCUACACUCAUCAGACAGAAGUGUGUGGGCUUGGUGUGUCUGUGUUACAGAGUGGGGUGUAUCCUCAAUGCGGUGGUCAGUCCUAGAGGAGAAACCAUCCCAUUGGCCGCUAUGAUUCUUUAUGGGAGUGGCCCCAUUGUCGGGGCGGGACUGUGUCUGUUGCUACCGGAGACCAGCGGUGUGCUGCUCCCUGAUUCACUGGAGGACUGUGACAGACAACCCAGGCUACACCUCCCAUUAGCCUGGUCAUCAUGCUCCACAAGUCCCUACCAGCUGGGCACAGACGCCAGUUAAACAUCAAAUUUGUAUUUACAUUUAAUUGAGUUGUCAACUUAACGUGAAAUCAAACUAAAUGAGAAUUCCGUCAUUUCGGGUUUAAAUGUCCAAUAUAUAUAUUUUUUUUAACGUUUUACUUUUUUUGCAAAUUCGAUUAGUUUUCCACAUUGAUUCAUCCUCAUUACAUUGCAUCAUUUUGUUUUAUGUGGAAACAACAUGAUUUAACCAAUUUGUGUCCAGCGGGUAUUGUGACCUGCUACUCAGAGUCCUGGACCAAGAAAUAUGUUCAAUAGAGACACAUGUUACCGUCUCUCCAGCUGAGAUGUGUAUUUCC